UAUCAACUACUUCCCAUUACCCAAAAACUGAAGUAGCCCCUACUCUCCGUCUGCCUGUGCUGUGCGUUUCCAUCUGCCAGUAUGCUCAGAAGAGGGUUAGGUAAAAAUUUGUCCAUUUCAAGUGAUUCUCUUGCUCAGAGCUUAAACAGGGGAUUCUCCACCGAGACUGGAAGAAAGCUAGAAGGAAAGGUAGCGCUGAUCACUGGAGCAGCAAGAGGCAUAGGAAAAGCAACUGCUGCAAAAUUUAUCGACAAUGGUGCCAAAGUUGUUGUAGCUGAUAUCGAUCAACACAUUGGUGAAGAAACAGCAAAAGAACUUGGAGCCAACGCCGCUUUCAUUGCUUGUGAUGUCACUAAUGAAUCAGAUAUCUCUAAUGUUGUUGAUUUUACAAUCUCUAGACACGGCAAACUUGACAUCAUGUACAACAAUGCAGGGGUAGCCUGCAACACUCCCCCAAGUAUUGUGGACCUUGACCUUCAAGUUUUUGAUAGAGUGAUGGGCAUCAACAUGCGAGGAGUGGUAGCUGGGAUCAAACAUUCAUCUCGUGUGAUGAUCCCUCGUAGAAGUGGGUCCAUUCUAUGCACAGCCAGUGUAACAGGAGUAAUGGGUGGGCUAGCACAGCAUACAUACUCUGUCUCCAAGUCAGCUGUUAUAGGAGUUGUCAAGUCUAUGGCAGCUGAGCUAAGCAGCUACGGAAUCAGGAUUAAUAGCAUAUCACCUUUUGCCGUUCCAACUAGAUUUGUGCUGGAAGAAAUGAGUCGGCUUUAUCCUGGUGUUGAUGCUUCGCGAUUUACUGAAAUGGUUCAAAAUACUGGGGUGCUAAAAGGUGCAAACUGUGAACCCAUUGAUAUAGCUAAUGCUGCACUCUAUCUUGCAUCUGACGACGCCAAGUAUGUUAGUGGGCAUAAUUUGAUGGUAGAUGGAGGUUUUACAUCGUUUAAGACUUUUAAAUUCCCUGCACAUGCACCUGAUUCGGUGCAGUAGAGUUAAUUGUCAAAUGCUAUUAGAGGAAUAUUGCAAUCACAAACACAGCCUUCCACUUAAGGAUGUAAUUUAGAUUGCCCAUGAUGUCUUACUGCAAGUCCUAGAACACCAUUAGGUGAAAUCAUAUUCGUUUUCUACACCUUAUUCCUAUCAAGUAAUUUGGCAGAGCCAUUUCAACACCAGCUCAAUUAUUUUACCAAGUUUAGAAAGCAGUCGUCUACAAAUAAACAUUUUAUUUCUUGGAAAACUAUUAAGUUCAGAAUUUUCAGGUGAAAGUUUCAGCUAAUCAUCUCGAAACAAAUAUUCUCAUAGUAUUUUCAAUUGUUUCUGGAAGUGUAAAGGCAAUUUAUAUGUUUUUUGAUAUCCAAUCAUUCUUCCGUUUGAGGAAAUAUUCCAUUUACUUUUAAGCGAGUGAUGCAUGUAAUAACCAAUCUAAA